CUUUGUUGUAGAAGUUGUGGCCUUACUGGACCCGGGUCGGUGCCCCUGAGGGAUGAGACCCGACCCAAGCUGCUUCAUUUCCGUCCUUCCACAGCAAGCGAAAGAGCCCGAAUCGUCUGUCUGUCCAACGAGCUUGACAAGUCGCAUCGUCGCCUAAUGGCAACCAGGGUCCCGCCGUCGCCCACCGGCAGCCCACCGUGUGAGUCUGUCUGUCUCUCUCUCUCCCGCCGUCGUCCAGCCAGAUCCCGCCGUUGCCCACCAGCCGCAGGCCGCAUGACUCUCUCCCUCUCUUCUUCUUCUUCUUCUUCUUCUUCUUCUUGAUUUGGGGGAUUUUCCUUUGGCCAUUUUGGGCGCUUGGCCACUUUGGGGUUUGGAUGUGUGGGGAUUUUUUGUUGGUCCUGCUUCGUGCUCUUGAUUUUUUUGUCUUUCACAUUGUAUUGGAGCUGUAUAUGUCUUUGUUUUAUGCAUCUGUUUACAGGGCACUUUUCAGUAUAAAUGCACGUACCUGUUGGUAGACAUCUUUGUGGCAUGAUCGUGGGCCAUAAUCAUUUCAAAUGUCUAAUUGAUGUAUUCUUUUUCAUGAAACUUGGAGAAUUUGAUUUAACGGUGGUUUGACGCUUAUGCUGAUUACAUUCCGCAUUGAUGAUCAUCAAAUCAUCAAUUACUUGGGAGAUUUUGUUUUACCUCUGUUUUAAAUUUUUGAUUGUCCUUAUCUAUUAUUUGUAAUUGUGUCUUGCUAAUGAUUGUAUUUUUCUGUUGCAAUUAUCUUUGCAUGCGCACCAGAGGCAUGGUAAAACAUGUUCUUUUUCACAGGCUUGUGUAAAUGUUAUUGGCUUGAAUAACAUUCUAAAGUAAUUGGGAGGAGCUACUUUUUCUUGGUCUGCAAAAGUCACUGAGGGCGUGUUUGAUUGCCUAGAUAAAGUAUCAGGGAUGCUCUUGCUGUUUAGGCAAACGCAAAACUAUAGGUGAGACCAUUUAAAUGCUUGAGAUCAAGGAUAUAGCAGUGGCAGCCUGGCUGCAUUCACGUCUAUAAUAAUAUGCUUCUAUUGCACUGGGAGACUGAGAACAUGGUUUCUUUUCUAGUUUGAGAAUUCCAGUUUUCCGUUUGCUCUUACUGAGAGAUGAUGAGGAGGAGGUUUGAUGUCAAGGAGGAGGCAGGAGAGGAGCUGCAGGAACUCCUCAAGGGAGAUAGAACACACUCUGUUAGUCAGAAAUCUAUAGAUAAUCCUCCUCCUGUGAUCAAGGUGUUCGGAAUUUGUCUUGUCUUCAGAAUUGCCAAUGCCCUCCUUAUUCAUACCUACUUCAAUCCUGAUGAGCACUGGCAAUCUCUCGAGGUUGCACAUCGCAUUGUCUUCGGCUACGGUCACAUGACGUGGGAAUGGAGUGCAGGCAUCCGCAGUUACUUGCAUCCCUUGAUCUUUGCCUUCUUCUAUAAAUUGCUUUGGUUCUUUAAUUUGGACACUCCCUCCAUGAUGGUGAUGGCGCCACGGGUUUAUCAGUCCUUUUUUGCUGCAAUUGGUGAUGCCUACUUUUAUCGGCUUUCAUAUAGCAUUUUUGAUAAGCAAACUGCAGAUUGGGCUCUGCUUUCACAAUUGACGAAUUGGUUUAUGUUUUACUGCAUCACACGAACUUUAUCAAACAGUCUGGAAGCUGUGCUUACCAUCAUGGCCAUAUACUAUUGGCCCUCUUUGAAGUGCUCACAGUCUCCACCUUAUGAGCUUCGAAGAACUUCACGGAAGGUUGCUUUGGUGCUAGCUGCAUUUGCUUGUGCUAUUCGACCAACAAGUGCUGUAAUAUGGAUAUAUCUUGGCACUUUGCACUUGUUUGAGACACGUGAUAAAGUUAAAUUUGUGUUCAUGGAAGUAAGCCCAAUAGGGGCUUCUGUACUUGCUUUGGCAUGUCUUUUUGACCGAUGGAUGUAUGGCUCUUGGGUUUUUGUUCCUCUUAACUUUGUUAAGUUCAACUUUUUCUCUUCUGGUGGAGAUUAUUAUGGAACACACAAAUGGCACUGGUACUUCUCGCAGGGCUUUCCGACAAUGCUCUUCACCUUUGCACCAUUUACAACAAUUGGCAUCUGGCAGUCUAAGGAGUGGAAGCUGUUUGGUCUUAUUGCAUGGGUUCUAGGAGUUUACAGCAUCCUUGGGCACAAAGAAUUCAGGUUCGUCUUACCAGUUCUUCCCAUAGCUCUGUUGUUCUCCGGUUAUACAUUGGCCAAAAUUGGGAAAUGCCACUCGGUGGAAUUAAAUUGCAAGGGAAUUGGAAGGACAAAACAAGCUCAUGACUUCAAGAAAAAAUGGGCCAUCUUGUUUCUGCUGUUAAGCAAUCUCCCGAUGGCCUUCUACAUGAGCAUGAUUCAUCAGAGAGGAAGUGAAGAUGCUAUGGCUUUUUUGGCUAGAGAAGCUGCGAUUGGAAAGGUCCACAGCGUCCUUUUCUUAAUGCCUUGCCACUCUACUCCCUAUUAUUCAACUCUCCACCGAAACAUAUCCAUGCGUUUUCUCGAUUGCUCUCCAAGUGCUGAGGAAGGUUAUGUGGAUGAGUCUGAUAGUUUCUUAUUGGACCCAGCGAAAUUUACCUCGCUUAUGGCAUUAGACUGGAAACAGCCGAGUCAUAUUUUGUUGUUUGAUUCUCAAGAACGACAUCUGAAGGAUUUCCUAACUUCACACUCUUACAAGGAGCAGAUUAGAAGAUUUUUCCAUGCCCAUUUUAAAGUUGAUCGUGAUCUUCAAGCAGCUGUUCUUGUAUAUGCUUUGGUGGAAUGUUGAACUUGUUGCUUCGCAGGUCUGUCCUCUGCAAUUGGUAUUAAUUGGCACCUUUACUGACUGCCCUUACUGACUGAAAUCUUGCUCAGGUGGAAGGCUGGUUUUUGAUAGAGCGGCAUCCAUUACAUUGUUGUACAAACUAGUAAAUUUUCAUCGUGCAGUUUAUUGGUGUUUGGUUGAAAUGAAGCAUCCAUGACAUACAUUUUCUUCAA